AUGACCAGAGUACGGCCUUCUUUCACAAAUGGGCUGUUUCCGAGAGCCAAACAUUAUUUCACCUGUGAAACGCUUAUGCAAAACCCACAGGGGCGACAAAGCAUUGAUAAAACAUACCCCGUCAUCAGAUUCAGUGAAACGAUCAAGAAGCGCGAUGUCUUGCCAAACACACUGUUGCCGUGUUUGGGUGUUCAGGCGAAGCCCCCUGGCCAGGUGCUGGCAGAUAUAAUCCAGAGAUGGCAAAUGCCAUGGCCUGUGGAGAACGUGACCGAUCCAGUUGAAGCAGCGGGUAUCACAUACGACGGAACUGUGUGGGUCUCGUGGAAGACGUUGACCGAAGUCUGCCGAUCGGAACAGUUGUUUGUGUACGUCCCAUCAACUCUUUUCGAAACAGUUUCGACUAGUGACUUUUUCGACUACGAGCAAUCCGUGCUCCCUCGCCAGUUUCCCCUGCGCGCAGCAGUCUGUUACAUAAACAUACCACAUCUGGGGGACUCGGCGGCUGAGAAGGAAGAUGACGCAUGCAGCGGAGCCUUAACAGAAAAGCACACCGAGGGUGACUGUUGUCGGGGAGGUAGACCUCGGCGGCGCUGCACAUCCAACAACAUCGUCGUACGACCUCAGUUCUCACCGUUUCCAGUUCUUCUUGAAUUUGACGCCCAUCCACCCAUCCCCCAAGCCGACGACGCUAAUAUACAGCCGGUGCAUCCAGCGGAGCAGAUGGCACCCGCACCAUAUCUCCGUUUACCGAAAGGAACCGGAGGACAACCACAUUUCUAUCAGGGCCACAGAGACGCUCAAGCGGAUACCAUGCCAACCCAUCUGGGGGGCUCAUGCCUUGUCCAGAGCGCGCAUUUCUUCCUUCCUGAAGGAAAGAACCUCAGUCCUCAGGUGGAAGGGUGGGAGAGGCUGGCCUGCCAGAGUAUCGACGUCUUCGCGCCGCUUCUUGGACCAGAAAUGCGGAAUGCUGUGGCACAAGGCGUCGAGCUUUGGCGCGCUCGGGAACGCAGCCUCAUUGGGGGGCGGGAGACAGCGGCGGGUUCCUUAACCGGAAAGACAGGGGAACUAUACACCAAAGACGCCGACUGCCAUCUCGCUUUCUCGUCGUUCCCCACCUACCCAACGAAAGGCCAUGCACUGGAAAUGUGUGCCGGACCAAGGUUCCUUACGCUUGACGCGUCGUGCCGCGCGGUAACGCAGCUGAAUCUCUGCCAGGGACGGCACGCGUUUUUUUUCUGGCUGGAUUCACCAGCUGGAAGCAGCGCUUUCCGUAUGCACUGGCUACCCGAUAAACGCGAGAAGAAUAGCACCCCUCCGGAGCCGCCUCCGCACACGCCGGCAGGAGGCACAAGUGCGAAAUCAAUAAAGAAGCAAACAGGCGACAUUGGGACGUUUUCCAAAGACACGGACACAACUGAACCGUUUGACAGUACAUCGUGCCAUAUCUUUUCUGUGGAAGAAUUCUUGGAAACUUUCUACAACGUCCAUAUUGACGAAUUCCUCGUAACGGCGCCAGAGAGUACGCUUUCGGGUCCCAACUACACGGUUUGGUUCAAAGCCGUGCUUGAGAUUCAUUCAAGACUCAAGUGCAGGGACCCCUCCCCAGUUGGCGGUAAUGACUCAACUGCUAAAGCAAACGAACCCCUGGAAGCUGACCCUGACCUCCCAGCUAUAUUUGUGACUCUAAACCUUCCGCACGGAGGGCUGGCACCUUACCUUCGCAUGUCAAUUGGUCAAAUGCGCACUCGACUCCCGGGGAAAUUAGAAAAUCCCGCGGGCGGGAAGUUCGGCCGUGAAGGAAACUCUUCUGAUUUCUGUGUCCUUCCUGCGGAAGGUGACAUGCCAGCGACGGGAGAAAGGACUGGCGCUGUCGCUCUCGAAUCAGAGCUCAGAGAACUCCCUAUUUGUCCGAUGCUCCGCAUCGAUCUACAUGAAUUGACCACACGCAAGACUGACUGGCAGGAUCAGGCAGGGAGUGAUGAUGGCUGCAGAGCCAGCCACGAACAAGUUACUGAACGCUCACAGUCUUACUUGCUCUUACUUGAGUCAGCGCUUCCCAGCCCCAUGCCUCGCGUCACCUUUUCCGUAGGGAUCGGUGCCCGGGGUUUGGAAGUCAAUGGACUGGCAAGAAAAGGCGACAGACAACGAAAGCCUGUUGCGAACUAUGGCAAGCCACCGCAGUCGGCUCUCGCUUCGACACUGCGCAUUAGAGUGGACAACAUCGCAUUCCGAUCGUCUUGGACUGACCAAACACAGACGAAUGGAGGGAACAUCGUCCUCAGAGAGCGCAUCAUCCCCAAGACCUCCACUACAGUAAGUGCGUCACUGAGAGUUACAACAGAGAAACUCGAGGGUAUUGUCCUUUACGGAAGUAUUCUCGAGAUUGAGCCACAAGGAUCAUCCCAGCAGCAACUUCAAGAAAGGGCUCCAAACAAUUUCGUGCAGACAACCACUGGCAGCGGGCUCAAUCCCGUAACGCCUCGGCAGCAACACCAGCAAUCGAGAGCGCACAGCAAUGCUUCGCCAUAUCUGUCAGGUUCUCAACCUCGGGUGCCAGUCGCCAACGAGGAACUGCUAAGCCCAGGGUUCAGCCAGCAAACAAGUGGAAAGAACGGCUCCAUCAUGAGCGAAAACAGUCUCAGUGCAAUGAGUCGAUCGUCCUGUGCUCCGACACCAGGCAGGUAUCCUACACCACCUCUGGAAGAAACGCUCACAGAGUCUGUCGGAAGAGACACUGUCAUUUUUCCCCACAUCCAGCUGAAUCCUCGCUCCACAUAUGUUAUCCAAGUCGUUGCACGAAAGUACAGACCUGUAACACAGCAGAAUGCGGCAGUACCCAGUUCCCAGUGCGCUCCACGUCCUGGGGAUGAAUGGGAUGGCACCCGUUUCACUUGUCCGUCGGACAUCAACUCCUCUAUGCCAAGUUGGUCAAAUGAAGAGUGCUGGCCUGCUGAACAAGACGAACAAAGCGGAGUGGUUGACAAAAAAUUUGCUUCACAGAGCAACAAUGUGGAGUUGAUUCACCUGGCGGAAACAGCGUCGGCAGAACGACUUCGAAUGGCAGCACCGCUUGACGGCGGCUCCUGGCGCUUGGAUGUCGUCGCUACAGGAGAAAUAGAAGUUGCCCAGGAUGUGUGUCGAGCUGCCUUCGACAACCAGUUACUCUCUUUCUGGAAUGAAAGGGACUCGAGCCGGGCGGAGCGAGCCAGGAGAUCUCGAAUGGCGUUUAUGGCCAGAAAAAUGAAACAGAGAGACUUUGUCUUGUCCGAUCUGAUCGACCCGCCCGAAGCACUUCACUCACUCGCUGCGUUCCGGCAGACGGUGCUGUGGAAGCUGGAGAUGACGGAGGUUCAGCUUCUUUGCCUGCUUGCUCGCGGAGCAUGUCCACCCGAGCCAACUGAUGACUGUUUUUCACCAGAGCCCAUUCUUUCGGAAGAUAUAUCUGCCGCAGCUUUUGCACAGUGCCAGCUGCUUCAAGAUGCAACCGAGGCAACCGAAACGGAGCUCCAGGAAUUCUUUUUUUGCGAGCUAGACCCGACAAGAACUGGCACAGUGAAAAGUGCCCUGUUUCUCAUGUCACUUCAAAGCGGCGCGGCCAUGCGGAGUGCACGGAAGGAUUUUGAGGAGAGGACGGCGAGCAAUCGUCAGGCGAGAACCACAAAGGGAGGAAAUUGCGAGAAGAAGUCAAAGUCCGGUGGGGCCGAGCGAGAUACCAAACGACCAGGAGCAGCACAAAAGUCACCCGCAAGCAAACUAUCCAAAGGUGACGAUCAGAAAAGAGAAAGCCAACAACAUUUUUACUCAGAAGCACAAAAGGAGUCCAAUACUGCAUACAGCUGUGUGACGCUCCGUCAACCGCUCACAACAACGCGACAUCGAAAUUUGAAGAUAUCUCAGUUCCUCAGCAAGAUAGGUGGGAGACUCCGCGAAAGGGCCGUUACUGUACCCGGAGUGUUCAGGAUGAUUCAAUUGGGGUUAACAGGGGAACAACGAACAUUCGCAGCUGCAUCCAAGGCCACUGAUGCACGAAGUGAACUACAAUACAAAGUUCAAGAGAAACUGGCGGCUCUGAGAGAGUCUAUUGACCGCAUAUCCACGCGAAAAAUGUUCCAUGCACAAGAGGAGAGAGGCGUGUUGACGAACUGGGACCCGGUUGCAGAGCAACGAGAGUUUCUCCGUAGUGUUCAGCGGAAACGACGAGACGUUGCCUCGAAGGUGACAGAGAUAUUGCAGGAGGAGACACAGAAGGAGAUUCGAAAAGAGGAAUUACAGCAACUACUGGAAGAAUGCCAUGAAAUCCAAAUGUGGUUCUUUGACAGUUGCCUGAUGCAGAGGCUGCGCAACCAACAUACAGCCGCCACAGCUAUGCACAGGGCUCAAGAAAUUAUUGAUAAGGAUGCACAUAGUUUCAAGAAAGACUCAGACACAGUCCGGAAGCUAGCACGGCGCAGGCCUGAAAAGGAGAGUCAAAAUGAGGCUGUGAUCGAGAAAAAAGACAAUCCUCUCACGGACGAAGAUGUGGACGAGCUUGACUCGCUCCUUCAGACGCUUCAGGCGUUGUACACCUUCACAGGGGCCGUGCGACCUCUUAACAGUCAAAAAGGUUCCGCGUUUUUGGACACCGCCAGAGAAGCACUUUCUGCUAUGAGAGCCCGCUCGAUUCCCUCAAAAAUGUCUUCUCCCCGACAACCUGAUAAAACUGCAUAA